AUGAAGGAAAUAGCAGAUGAGAAGCAAAAACAAAAGCAUGCUGAGGUACCAAUUUCGUUGCUCACUCCGUAUCAAAUGGGAAGAUUCCAGUUUUGUCAUAGAAUUGUUAUGUCACCAAUGACAAGAAAAAGAUCUUAUGGGAAUUUACCACAGCCACAUGCUAUUUUGUAUUACUCUCAGAGAGCAACAAACGGCGGCCAUCUCAUUGCAGAAGCUACAGGAGUUUCAGACACAGCACAAGGAUUCCCUGACACCCCUGGUAUAUGGACAAAGGAGCAAGUUAAGGCAUGGAAGCCAAUUGUAGAUGCAGUUCAUGCCAAAGGUGGCAUCUUCUUUUGCCAGAAUUGCCAUGUUGGAAGAAUUUCCAAUUCCUGUUUCCAGCCCAAUGGACAAGCUCCAAUCUCUUCUACUGACAGGGGAUUAAUUCCCAAAGUUCUAGCAAAUGGUGUUAAUGUUUCUGAUUUUUCACCGCCUCGCAGGCUAAAGACUGAAGAAAUACCUGCGGUAGUUAACGACUUCAAGCAAGCUGCUAUUAAUGCAAUUGAAGCUGGUUUCGAUGCUGCAUAUGGACGAUUAUUCUUGGCAAACCCAGAUUUACCUAGGAGAUUUGAGUUGAAUGCUCCUCUCAACCAGAAGAUAAUGGCAAAGAAGGCAGAUGAUGCACCAGACGAUCAGAAUUAUCAACAGCCACCAACAAUACCUUUGCUGACUCCCUACAAAAUGGGAAAUUUCCAGCUCUCUCAUAGGAUUGUUCUCGCACCUCUUACAAGGCAAAGAUCUUUCAACGAGGUUGCACAGCCACAUGCAGUAUUGUACUAUUCUCAAAGAACCACCAAAGGUGGCCUACUCAUAGCAGAAGCUACUGGAAUUUCUGAAACAUCAACAGGAUACCCUUCUACUCCGGGAAUAUGGACCAAGGAACAGAUCGAAGCCUGGAAACCUGUUGUCGAUGCAGUUCAUGCCAAAGGCGGUAUCUUCUUUUGCCCGAUUUGGCAUGCUGGAAGAGUUUCCAAUUCAGGAUAUCAGCCCAAUGGACAAGCUCCAAUCUCAUCCACGGACAAGGUAUUAGCUCCUCAAGUCCGAACAAAUGGUAUUGAUGUUGCAGAAUUUUCAGCACCUCGCCGCUUAGGAAUUGAAGAAAUUCCCCAUAUUGUGAACAGUUAUAGGGUUGCUGCUGUUAAUGCAAAUGAAGCGGGUUUUGAUGGCGUGGAAAUACACGGAGCUCAUGGCUAUUUGAUAGACCAAUUCUCUAAAGACCAAGUCAAUGACAGAACAGAUGAAUAUGGAGGCUCACUGGCAAACCGCUGCAGAUUCGCCCUGGAAAUAGUCGAAGCUGUUUCCAGUGCUAUAGGAGCUGACAGAGUUGGGAUAAGGCUUUCACCCUUCGCGAACUACAAUGGAGCAAGUGACUCAAGUCCCAAAGCACUAGGGAUGUACAUGGCUGAAGCUCUGAACAAAUAUGGGAUACUCUACUUGCACAUGGUAGAGCCAAGGAUGAAAGAAGUUGGGGAAAAAUCCGAAUGUCCUGAUACCCUUCUUCCAAUGAGAAAGGCAUUCAAAUGCACUUUUAUUGCGGCUGGUGGUUAUGACAGGGAAGAUGGAAACAAAGCCAUAGCAGAAAACAGUACGGAUCUUGUUGCGUAUGGGCGUUUAUUCUUAGCGAAUCCUGAUUUGCCCAAGCGAUAUGAACUAAAUGCUCCUCUAAACAAAUAUAACAGGGCAACUUUUUAUACACCUGACCCAGUUGUUGGCUACACAGAUUAUCCAUUUCUUGAGACCAACACAUAA